GGAAGACAUCUCCGUAAUGGCACCACAGUUAGGUUCCCGAGAAAAACCUGCAUUUUGCGGGGGUUUGGAAAGUCUGUGAGGCUAUCCAACAUCUUGUUCUAAGUUGUAGGGAACAUGAAGCAAAAGAUAGUAAUGCAAGUCCUGAUGACUUGUGAGUGUUGCCGAAGGAAGGCCAUGAAGACCGCUUCAGCCGUGCAUGGUGUAAUCUCGGUGGUAAUAGAAGGGAAGGAACAAGAUCAGGCCGUGGUGAUCGGAGAAGGAGUUGAUGCCGCUAAACUGGCAUGCCGUAUGAAGAAGAAGGUGGGUCACACAGUUCUAAUCACGGUAGAAGAGGUGAAACCGAAAGAAGAAAAGAAGGUAGAAAAGAAGGACGAGAAAAAAGAAGAGCCGAAGAUCUGCAUACCAUAUUGGCAGCCAUAUCCACAGUACUUUGUGGCAUGUGAGCCCGUUUACGACCCAUGUCGUGGUGGGUGUUCUCUCAUGUGAGGGUAUUUCUGAUAUUUUUGUAUUUUUUGUGUUUUACCUAUUGCUAUACAAAUGUGGUGUAGAUUAUGUUAGGAUGAGCUUCGUUAAGCAUGUAGAGGGGGCCCACCUACACACCACCGUAUGUGCCAAAGUGGCACACGUGGUGUGAAAUCCAAGCCAUCCAUUAGAUGGGUCACACGUGCCUGUCCACCUGAUGAAUUGAUGGGUCAAAGAAGUUUUUCUAAGCCAUCCAUUUGUUUCUAAAAAUAUUGCUUGGUUGAUUAGUUGAUUGGCCCGGUUCUUCCACUCGGUUUAGCUGGGG